GUGUGGAGACACCUGCGUUCAGGUUAUAGUCUGAAUGAGUGUGCUAGUGAACGCACUGCUGGAUUAGGUCUAUGUCGGAAUAGUUACUGGUUAACAACGAACGUUACUCACACUUUUAGACCAAGACAAGAUUAAUUCUAGGUGCAUAGCUUGUCUUUUUGCGUCAGCACGCGACGGAUGGACAAAGGGUGUGAUAGUGAUAUAAAAUAGCUUCCACAGGUCCUGCAGCAGUUUCCUGUUACUCGCGGGCCGACGUACUUGUCUCAUCAAGUGAGAAGAGGUAUCGACAGCUGCAUUAGCGGAAGUGAUAAUCCUUACGAAAAUUGUCAGUGGAAGAUCCUCGUACUUGUGGUGAACAGCUUCACAACGAUUGGAUCAAACAUCACUAGAGAUGGCCUCAAUUUUGCCUGCAACGCUUACCGGUAGCGACAGUGAUCGUGUAUUGAAGUCCAUGGACGCCAACCGGUAUGCCACCAAGAAAACCAUCGCCCAGGGAAUGUUAGAUAUUGCCCUGCUGACGGCCAACGCAUCCCAGCUCAAGUACAUUUUGCAAGUUGGCGAGAAGCACGAGUUCUACACGCUGAUGCUGGUUUUGAUCAGUAUUUCCAUCAUAUUGCAGGUCACAAUGGGUGUGCUUAAUCUAACCCUCAGCUUACUCCAUGAUUGUCGGCUUCACUUACCACAAUAUCACCGGUCAGCCAAUGCCAUUAAUUAUAUUGUAACCGGAGUAGCUUUUCUGGUUGCCAUGAUAAACUUAUUGAUAUCGGCGUUCGAUCCAAAAGUUUUGAAAUACGUGAUUGAAUAGAUGAUAGGAAACCAGAUGAUGAUUACAGGUUACAGGAUGUCAAGUAAUAUCAAUGAGAAAGUUGUUCUGGCAAGCUAGACGAAUAAUUCGAAAGCCAUGUUAGUAUUUGUCCUGUGUGAAAAAAGUGGGCGUUCAUAAUCAUAUUCACGUUCCUCUUACCUCUGGCGUAAUCAUCGCUGAACCCUGAUCUCUUUCUAAAUUAUAAUUCAAAAAAGUUCACAGUAGGAUUUCAUUGCAAGUUGUGAUUUACAUGCUGGUUUUCGGUUUCUUUCGAGAUAGAUCAUUACAACUUAACCGACAAUUUUUAAGCUAUACCUUAAAUAGCUAAAAGCUAUUUAACAGUUGAUUCUUAUAAAAAUGAACAUGCCAUCCUGUCCAUUCAUCCGUGCCAAUUAACAGCCAGUUUUCAAUUUGUUGUUUGUGAAGAAAUCUGGAGACUAUAGCAGCCACCAGUUUUCAAAAAUCUAAGUCACAAUCCUGGAGUAAAGGGUGUGUCACAUCAAAUUGCAUCACGGAAAAAACGCUGUAGAAAUUCACCCAGUAGAAAAUUUUAGACAGUAAAAUAAAAGCUAUUAAACAACUUUUGGCAUUUUCUUUUUAUUCCUACUUCUAGCCCAAGCCCGUAUGCUCGCACCUUCCUCUUUACCCCGUCCAUAAGGUUCUGUACAACGUCAGGUUGUAGUUUUUUUUGAACAGAAAUCCAUUUUCUCUUGAAGUGCGCCUCCGAUUUGACAACUUUUGGGUUCUUCCGGAGGGCCUGCUUCAUAAUCGCCCAAUAUUUCUCUAUUGGGCGAAGC